UAGUAGUUGUAUAAAUGAUAUUAAGGACUGGAGAACUAACAAUGAGAGAAAAGACUCACUAUUUUUAAUCUCAAUCCCUGCCUCAGUUGAUACGAUGUCUAACUGGCUUAAGAAUAUAAUUACAAUGAUGCUAUUUUGGCCUUCGGUAAUUGGUUAUCAUGUGAAGCGUACAAGAAAUACUACCAAAGAG